CCUGCAGCGCCCCCUGCCCCCGCGGAGGACCCUGACCGGGUCCAGGCCUCCAAUUUCGCUGAGCCCAGAACCCAAAGUGAAGAACAAAAUGGGAGAUGCUGAAGCAGGCAAGAAGAUCUUUAUUCAAAAAUGUGCUCAGUGCCACACAGUGGAAAAAGGUGGAAAACACAAGACUGGUCCAAAUCUCUGGGGCCUCUUUGGCCGAAAAUCAGGACAAUCACCAGGAUUUUCUUACACUGAUGCAAAUAAAAACAAAGGUAUUAUCUGGGGAGAAGCGACUCUGAUGGAAUAUUUGGAGAACCCAAAGAAAUAUAUCCCUGGAACUAAAAUGGUCUUUGCUGGCCUUAAAAAGAAGAGUGAGAGAGAAGAUCUUAUUCAAUAUUUGAAACAGGCAACAUCUUAA